AUGCAGAAUAAAUACAAUGCACGCCAUGCAUUUCCAAUAAAAUCGAGUAUUGUUUCAGGAAAGUUGGGCUCAAAAAAGUCCAAAUCAGCCAAACCAUGCCUAGAGCCUCAACCAGAAAUUCAGCCAGCAGACAAUUCCCCUAGUGAACCUAAGCAGCAAGAGGAAGAAAAGACUGAGACACUGCUGCCGUCACUGCCACCAUCACGGCCAGCCCCACCGCUGCCAUGCCCAGCGCCUCAACCAGGAAUUCAAUUCAUUCCCGAUGAUCAACCGUAUCAACCGUCGUAUCCUCCAGAGUAUAAUAAUACUUAUCGUCCCAUUGAGACUGAUUGGAGUUACCCUGAAGAGGUUGCACAGCAAAUGGUUGAGAAUAUAUUUGGUACUGGACCUUACGAUCACUAUCGAACGUCAUGCUUAAAAAAGAGGAAAUCAAACAGACCAGCAAACUCUUCCCAUAGCGAAGUACCACCUGAGCAGCAAGACGAAGAAAGGACACCGCCACCGCCAUCGCGGCCAGCGCCACCAGUCCCAGCGCCUCAGCCAGGCAUUCAAUACAUUCCUGAUCCCUAUGAUGAAUCGUAUCCUCCAUGGUAUAAUAACAAUGAUCCAUGGAGCAACAACAGUACGUCUGAUCAAUAUCCUCAUACUACUAGUUAUCGUCCUGUUCAGAGUAAUUGGAGUUAUGAUCAUGAAGAGGUUGCACGACAAAUGCUUAACAAUCAUUUUGGUGGUGCGCCUGCUUAUUAUCACAAUCCUCCUCUUCCUCCUCCCGGCGUAAACCCAUCUUAUUACUAUUCUUCUCAUCCUAGUCAUCAUCAUGCUCACAGCUAUGGUGCUCCCGAUUAUGCACAACAAUUGGCUGACAGCAUAUUUGGCCCGCCUGUACCUUAUUACUACUAUCGUUAG